AUGGAUCCUUUCACCAAGAUGGCAGAGAAUGAGACUUCUCAGUUACAAAGAGCAAUAUUCGCCCAGUAUAUUAUGAUGAAGAAGUUAUUCAUGGAGCUAGAAGAGGAAAGGGAAGCUUCAGCAAGUGCUGCAGGUGCAGCCUUGUCAAUGAUUAGAAAACUUCAGAAAGAAAAGGAGUCGGAGAGGAUGGAAGCAUGGCAGUACAGAAGAAUAGCCGAAGAAAGGAUGAAUCAUAAUGACAAAGCUCUGGAGAUUGUGAAGGAAGUCAUGCAGCAGAAGGAACUGGAGAUCUAUUAUCUCAGGAACCAACUUCAGGUGUAUAAACAAAGGUUACUGGGUGUUGGUAUUGAUGAUUGCGAUAUUGCAGACGAGACUAUAACAAAAAAUAUACCUUUCUUUGAAAGCAGCGACGUAGAGAAUCUUUGUCAUACCAUCAAAAGGAAUUUCUCUCUGCCAAUUUUGCAGUUGGAUAAACGUCUUACUGAAAUGGACAUCAACAAAAACGAUGGAUCACUUCGAUCAGCCAGGAGCAGGUUAGGUGUUUACAUCCAGAAUUUUAGUGAAAAUGAACCGGGUCAAGUUUCCAGCGAUGGCAACAACCUGAAAGAUGUAGAGCCCAAAGAAAGCUCGUCAACAGAUAUGAACAGUACCGAGAAGCAUGCGAAAGAACCAAAAAUUCUAAGCAACAGUAUUUUGGAACACUCUUAUCCAUCAGAACAGGCUUCACGUUAUUCCCCGUUCUUAAUGGUGAGUCAUCAGACUGAUAUACGCACUCCAAGAGCAGCACAUGUUGGAAAAGAUGCGGAAGACACGCUACAUCCUGAUCCGCUCGGGCCUUCGUGUCCCAAUAACGAAAUGGAAAAAACUGUAGCCCAUCAUACAGGUGAUAUGGGCACACUCAAAGAUCCAGAACUAAGCAAGGGGCCAGCAGAAUCCACAUGUACUAAAGAUGGCAUCAACACAGAGGAAUCUGUAAUUUCUCCAAUGGUUGUUCAAAAAGAUAAAGGGCCCCAUGCUCUUUCCAAGCUUUCAGCAACACGAAAAGUUGGCUCCAUGAAUAACGUCGACAGACAUGUCCGUGUAAGCACGGGGAGUUCUACACCACGGGCUGGAAUUGAGAGAACCAGAUCAAGGCUGAAGCGUGUUCAGAGUGAAAAGAGGAUUGAGCUAAAUGAACCUAAGAAAAGCAAGGAACAAAUCAUAAUGCUGAAGGAGGUUUAUGAGCAGCUCAAUAUGAUAGAAGCACACAUGAGACCUUCCGGUUCACAGGAGACCCCUAAGAAUGACCAGUCGUUGGAUUCUGUCAUGGAGGCGGCUCUGUCCUUCUCCAUAUAGUCCAUCUCGGCUUUAGCCAUGUGAAGCAAACUGUGAGGCCGCCAUCUCCAGUAAUUCAAGUUCUGCUGUAG